UCGAGUCACUUAGACAGUCGGUGCUGCAUAUAUUCAACAUCAGUCGAAUUUUAGUUGUGAUACUUUAUACACAAAUAGUACGGUUUGUGUGGAAAAUUCAAAGUGUGUUAAAGUUAGUGGCUCACUCGCACAGGAGGAGCACUUGAGUAUUUGGAGUUGCUUUUAACAUAAGUGUGGUAGACCUCCAAUCGCGAAAAGUUCGCAUAGUUUUGCCGUGUGUUUCAUUUUUUUACACUUAAUCUUAGGCAAGUUUGUUGUCGUUCUCAAGUUUUUCAAAGACAGAGGGAGGGGGAAUUGAAGUUUCUGGGGUGUUAAACAACAUGCCGGUAAGGCGUUUCGGCGGUCACAGGUCUCUGGUCAAACGCUUUGAAACGCCCAAGCUCUCGUAUGGUUUCUCGAAAAUGAACGUGUCAAAAAGUGGAUACCGUGUUUUCUCAGCCAACUCCAGCAGCGCCUGUACCGAGCUGGCCAAGAAGAUUACUGAACGCCUGGGUGUAGAGUUGGGCAAGUCGGUGGUAUACCAAGAGGGAAAUGCGGAGACCAGAGUCGAGGUAAAGGAGUCUGUCCGCGGACAAGACAUCUUCAUCAUUCAGACAAUUCCCAGGGACGUCAACACGGCCAUUAUGGAGCUGCUGAUUAUGGCGUAUGCUCUGAAAACGUCCUGCGCCAAGAACAUCAUCGGAGUCAUCCCUUACUUCCCUUACAGCAAGCAAUGCAAGAUGAGGAAGAGGGGCUCCAUCGUUUGCAAACUACUGGCCGCCAUGUUGGCCAAAGCCGGACUGACUCACAUCAUCACCAUGGACCUUCAUCAGAAGGAAAUCCAAGGUUUCUUCAGCUUCCCAGUUGACAACUUGAGAGCUUCCCCUUUCCUUAUCCAGUACAUCCAAGAAGAGAUCCCAGACUACAGGAAUGCGAUCAUUGUUGCAAAGUCUCCAUCGUCUGCCAAGAGGGCUCAGUCCUACGCCGAGAGGCUGCGGCUCGGUUUGGCCGUCCUGCACGGCACUGCUCCCAAUCUCGAGUCCAACGCGACCGACGGGCUGUAUUCACCCCCGCCAACCCGCACCAGCGCGGGACACACUGGCCUGGAGUUACCUUGCAGCAGCAGAUCUCGUGCAGCGUUCCCUGGGAUUGAGCUUCCAAUGAUGAUGGCAAAGGAGAAGCCACCGAUCACUGUUGUCGGAGAUGUGGGAGGAAGAAUCGCCAUCAUUGUUGAUGACAUCAUCGACGACGUGGAGGAGUUUGUCGCUGCCGCAGAGAUCCUGAAGGAGCGAGGCGCCUACAAGAUCUUCAUCAUGGCCACGCACGGCCUGCUGUCUGCUGAGGCGCCCAGGCUCAUUGAAGAAUCUGCUAUUGACGAGGUGGUGGUGACCAACACGGUGCCCCACGAGGUGCAGAAGCUGCAGUGCCCAAAAAUCAAGACGGUAGACGUGAGCAUGAUCCUGGCCGAGGCCAUCCGCCGCAUCCACAACGGGGAGUCCAUGGCCUACCUGUUCCGGAACAUCGCCGUGGACGACUGAGGCAACACACACCAAAUGACACUUGCUCGCCCAGAAACGUGUCUUGUGCCAAAUUGUGGCAACCAAAUUUGACGAUGAGCGUUUUGCUCUUACACAGACGUGAUGUAUCGCAUGUGGCUUCUUGCCAUCUGGCAAAUAAAAGCAUACUUUUGGGG